AUGACCGAUAGCUCGAGUUUAAGAGAAAUAUGGCACUUGAACAGCGAUAUACCCACAGCUGUGGAGCGGUGCGUGCACGAGCUGUUUGCAGACCAGGCAAAAGAACAGCCUCAGGCGCCGGCCAUCUGUGCGUGGGACGGCGAAAUGACAUAUGGCGAGCUGGACGAGCUAUCAAGCCGACUAGCUAGGCAUCUUGUUAAGGUGGGGGUAGAGGUGGAAGACGUUGUUCCUCUCUGCUUUGAGAAGUCAAUGUGGACAGUGGUAGCUAUGCUCGCUGUGCUCAAGGCUGGCGGCGCGUUCGCACCCCUUGAUCCCGAUUACCCAGCCAGCCGGCACGAUGAGGUCUUCCGUCAGACUAAGGCCAGGGUAGUGCUAGCCUCAGACCAGCACGCGACGCUUUGCAACGGUAACAACCGCAUUGUCGUGGUGGUUAGUAGGGCCUCUUUAGAUGGAUUGACAAGCGCAAGCGACAAGACCAACGCGAUAGCAAGGCCAAGUAAUAUUGCGUACGUCAUGUUCACUUCAGGCAGCACAGGAACACCCAAGGGAGUCGUCUUAGAACACAGAGCAAUUUCGACAAGCUGUCUCACCCAUGGAGAGGCGUUUGGCUUCUCGUCUAGCACUCGAAGCCUUCAGUUUGCCGCUUACACCUUUGACGCGUGUAUUACGGAGAUUAUUACAACUCUCUUAUUUGGCGCAUGUAUUUGCAUUCCCUCUGAGUUGGAUAGACGCAACGACUUAUCGAAUACUUCAAAUGCCUUAGGAGUAAGCUGGGCAUUGCUUACGCCAACGGUUGCACGAACACUUGACCCAAAAACAGUUUCAUCGCUUAGAACCUUAGUGCUUGGGGGUGAGCAGGUAAACAGUAUUGACUGGGAAAGGUGGAGUCAUCUUGAAAAGCAGAUCAAUACGUAUGGUCCUACAGAGUGCAGCGUUUGGUGCACAUCACACUCUAAUGCCGCUGGUUUCACGUCAGGAACGAUUGGAAGGCUAAUUGCUUCUAUGGGUUGGGUAGUGGAUUCAAACGACCACAACAAGCUUGCCCCGCUCGGGUCGGUUGGCGAGCUGCUCGUCGAAGGGCCGAUCCUGGCGCGUGGAUACCUGGGCGACGCAGAGAAGACGGCGGCCGCCUUCAUCCAAGACCCGACCUGGCUGUUGGAGGGCUCUGGAGAGCACGUAGGCCGACACGGGAGGCUGUACAAGACCGGCGACCUAGUACACUACGAUGCAGACGGCAACCUGGUGUAUGUGGGACGCAAGGACGUGCAGGUCAAGGUGCGCGGGCAGCGGGUGGAGUUGGGGGAGAUUGAGCAUCAUGUGCGCGAGUGCAUGCCGGAAGUGGAGCGUAUGGCAGCAGAAGUAAUCAUGCCAGGAAACGACAAAGACAAGGCGACUGUGGCCGUCUUUGUGCAACAGAAAGAGGAAGAGGCUUCCGCUGGAGACGGCUCCUCUGCACGGGUUUUCUUCCCCUCCCAGGUGGACAGCCAGCUCAGCCAGCGGCUGCCUAGCUACAUGGUACCCGGAGUCUACUUUGCGGUCGCGCAGCUUCCCAUGACAACGUCGGGCAAGACGGACCGCAAGCGGCUGCGCGAGAUCGGGUCCGCGUUCUCAGCUCAACAGCUGGCAGAGCUACUCACACGAAGCCAGGGACCGAAGCGGCAGCCGUCGACAGAGCAGGAGAGGGCGCUGCAGAAACUGUGGGCGCGGGUUCUCGACAUCGACGCCGACAGCAUUGGGCUGGACGACAGUUUCUUCCGCCUAGGCGGCGACUCUAUCACAGCUAUGCAGGUCUCUUCGAGCGCUCGUGCGGCUCACAUCUCUAUCUCGACUCACGAUAUUCUCCAGCACAAAACCAUUGGCCGUUUAGUUCGCCAUAUAUCAUUAAAGCCUGCUCCUUCUCAACUAGUCAUCCAGGAUCCAGUAAACAGGGGCUUUGGCCUAACGCCAAUCCAGGAGCUGUACUUCCGGCUAGAGAGUAGCGGUAGAGCUUGCUUUGAUCAAUGCUUUUUACUGGAAGUUAGUAGCUCAGUAAACAUGGAAUCGUUGCGUAUAGCGUUUAAAACCCUUGUUCAACGGCACUCUAUCCUACGAGCUCAAUUUAGCCAAAGAACUGGAGGUGGGUGGCAGCAGCACAUUUGCGAUCGCGCUGACGACUCCUUCACCAUCGAGUACGUGCAAUCCACGGAUCAAGAUGACUUUUUACGCGCUAUGCUUCAGAGUCGGAGCCAGCUAGACAUUCAGAAAGGACCAAUCUUAGCAGCAGCCUUGUUUGAUGAGGACCAGCGCCAAUUACUAUUUAUCACCGUUCACCAUCUAGUAAUUGAUCUAGUCUCGUGGCGAGUGCUUCUUGAAGAGCUGGAGGACCUGCUCAUUUCGCGGGAGCUUCCUGCUGCGCCUCCUAUUCCCUUUCAGGCCUGGCAGGCUCUCCAAGCUAAACACGCUAACACGCACGGGUGUUCUGGUGGCAUAAUCCAAGCUGAGAUGGAUUCUAAACAGCUAAUACUCUCCUACUGGGGCGUACAGCCCGGGACUAUCUUACACAGAAGUACAGUAUCAAAGGGCUUUGCACUUGAUAAGUGUACAACCUCUGCCAUUCUUGGAUCCUGCAACAACGCAUUCCAAACACGUCCUGUAGAGCUAAUUCUUUCUGCUCUAAUUCACUCCUUUGCUGCUGCCUUCCCGGACCGAGCCCUGCCUACUAUCUUCAACGAGAGCCACGGUCGCGAGACUUGGGACAGCGGCAUUGAUCUUUCGCGAACUGUGGGAUGGUUUACAAGCAUGUUCCCAGUUCAAGUGCCAAACUAUACUAGGCAUAAUAUGCUCAAUGUCAUCCGCCAUACCAAAGACAGCAUGCGCCAGUUUAACGACAAUGGCAGGUCAUACUUUGCUUCACAGUUCACAGAUAACGAUACUGCCAAUACAUUCGCAUCUAUGUUCCCAGUAGAGGUAAUGUUUAACUACCAAGGCGCAUACCAGCAACUUGAGCGCAACGAUUCGCUGUUUAAGAAUCUGCUAAUUCCGGACGGUUGCGAGCCAGCAUCCUUGUUAGAGACGCCGCGGUUCGCUUUAAUUGAUGUGUCUGUGGUUAUCGACAGAGGCUGCAUACAUGUAGCUGUUAUAAGCGACAGUAGAGUAAAGCACCAGCAGCAGAUAGCUAGCUGGAUUGAGCAGUACGAGGUGGCUUUGGUGGAAAUGGCUGCCAUUCUUCAAAAGCGGCAUCCAGAAUGGACGCUAAGUGACUUACCACUAGCCUUCCAGACCUACCAGGAUCUGGAUCGCUUCCAGAAAGAUACGCUUGCAGGGCUUCAUAUUCAGCCCAGAGAAGUUGAGGACGUCUUUCCAUGCUCACCUAUGCAGGAAGGCAUCCUUGUUAGUCAGAGCAAGGAUUCAGAUGCAUACUGGGUGUCGCUUGUCUUUGAAGCAGUAUCGACUCAGCACAGCCAGGUCAGCUGCAUUCAGCUGCAGCAAGCGUGGAAGGAUGUUGUUCGGCGGCACUCGCUCCUACGGACACUGCUCGUCAAUAAUGUGCCUGGGUGUGCGGGAACCAUGAAUGUGGUGCUGAAAGAUCCACAGCCGAGCAUCUCGUUCUUCCAAGCAGCAGGCGACACAGUUACUCUUGAAGUGUUCCGCAAUCACCGAAGCAUGUCAGGACAGCAGAGCACGUUAGUCCAGCAAGAGAGUGGCCUACAGCAUCACAUGUCCAUCUGCCAGCUUGACAAUGGAAAGGUCUACCUCUGCCUAGACAUUAACCACGCUAUCUUUGAUGCUCACUCUCGGGGCAUCGUCUUACGCGAUCUGCAGACGGCAUACAGUGCUAAGCUUAAUCCAGAUAGUGCACUGUUUAAAGACGUUGUCUCGUAUCUAGCCCAGCAGGAAGAGGAUACAGCGCGCGCUUACUGGGCGAAAUAUCUGGACGGGGUUGAGCCAUGUGCAUUUCCCUCAAUAGCAAACGCCGACGACGGGGAUUGUAGGGGUAGAACAGUACACGUUCCUGAAAUUGACGUGAGCAUCAUCCAUGCAUUCUGUCAUACAUGGGACGUCACGCCAGCUACCAUCAUCCAGACAGCAUGGGCUUUGGUGUUAGGCCAAUACACCCGAUCAAUGACCCCGUGCUUUGGCAUGCUCUCCUCAGGACGAGACUUUCCGAUUGCGGAGGUAGACAAGAUCUUUGGCCCGCUCAUCACUAUACUCCCAUGCAGGGUUUAUCUAGGCAACGAGCAGACUGUGCUAGAUGUCCUAAGAGCAGUGCAGCACGACUACACCAGCAGCUUGCCACAUCAGGGCUUCUCGCUCGCUCGCGUACAUAGCAUGCUUGGGCUUGGAGCAGGCGCUUUAUUUAACACAGUGCUAUCGCUCCAGCGGAUUGACGACGCAGUGGCAGUUGGCACUACUGGGGUUAUUUUCCACAUAGAGGAGGGAGCGGAUCCUACAGAGUAUGAUGUUAAUAUCGGUGUCGCAUAUAACCGGUUGACGAUGGAAAUUGAGAUGCAAUAUAAGACCCGUUGCAUGAGCGGAUCACAAGCAAAGAACGUAGCAGACAGCUUCAGUAAAGCAAUCCUUAGCAUAGUAGGAAGGCCGCACUCUAUGCUGGGUGGUCUAGGCAUCCUAGGAGAUGCACAAAAGCGCCAGCUGUGGACAUGGAACAGCGAUAUACCCACAGCUGUGGAGCGGUGCGUGCACGAGCUGUUUGCAGACCAGGCAAAAGAACAGCCUCAGGCGCCGGCCAUCUGUGCGUGGGACGGCGAAAUGACAUAUGGCGAGCUGGACGAGCUAUCAAGCCGACUAGCUAGGCAUCUUGUUAAGGUGGGGGUAGAGGUGGAAGACGUUGUUCCUCUCUGCUUUGAGAAGUCAAUGUGGACAGUGGUAGCUAUGCUCGCUGUGCUCAAGGCUGGCGGCGCGUUCGCACCCCUUGAUCCCGAUUACCCAGCCAGCCGGCACGAUGAGGUCUUCCGUCAGACUAAGGCCAGGGUAGUGCUAGCCUCAGACCAGCACGCGACGCUUUGCAACGGUAACAACCGCAUUGUCGUGGUGGUUAGUAGGGCCUCUUUAGAUGGAUUGACAAGCGCAAGCGACAAGACCAACGCGAUAGCAAGGCCAAGUAAUAUUGCGUACGUCAUGUUCACUUCAGGCAGCACAGGAACACCCAAGGGAGUCGUCUUAGAACACAGAGCAAUUUCGACAAGCUGUCUCACCCAUGGAGAGGCGUUUGGCUUCUCGUCUAGCACUCGAAGCCUUCAGUUUGCCGCUUACACCUUUGACGCGUGUAUUACGGAGAUUAUUACAACUCUCUUAUUUGGCGCAUGUAUUUGCAUUCCCUCUGAGUUGGAUAGACGCAACGACUUAUCGAAUACUUCAAAUGCCUUAGGAGUAAGCUGGGCAUUGCUUACGCCAACGGUUGCACGAACACUUGACCCAAAAACAGUUUCAUCGCUUAGAACCUUAGUGUUUGGGGGUGAGCAGGUAAACAGUAUUGACUGGGAAAAGUGGAGUCAUCUUGAAAAUCGGGUUAACGCUUAUGGACCUACCGAGUGUAGUGUGAUAUGUAACUCUUUUUCCGGUCUAGAAGGCUUCUACACAGGUUUAAUUGGUAAGGCGAUCGGGUCGGUCAGCUGGGUAGUGGAUCCAAACGACCACAACAAGCUUGCCCCGCUCGGGUCGGUUGGCGAGCUGCUCGUCGAAGGGCCGAUCCUGGCGCGUGGAUACCUGGGCGACGCAGAGAAGACGGCGGCCGCCUUCAUCCAAGACCCGACCUGGCUGUUGGAGGGCUCUGGAGAGCACGUAGGCCGACACGGGAGGCUGUACAAGACCGGCGACCUAGUACACUACGAUGCAGACGGCAACCUGGUGUAUGUGGGACGCAAGGACGUGCAGGUCAAGGUGCGCGGGCAGCGGGUGGAGUUGGGGGAGAUUGAGCAUCAUGUGCGCGAGUGCAUGCCGGAAGUGGAGCGUAUGGCAGCAGAAGUAAUCAUGCCAGGAAACGACAAAGACAAGGCGACUGUGGCCGUCUUUGUGCAACAGAAAGAGGAAGAGGCUUCCGCUGGAGACGGCUCCUCUGCACGGGUUUUCUUCCCCUCCCAGGUGGACAGCCAGCUCAGCCAGCGGCUGCCUAGCUACAUGGUACCCGGAGUCUACUUUGCGGUCGCGCAGCUUCCCAUGACAACGUCGGGCAAGACGGACCGCAAGCGGCUGCGCGAGAUCGGGUCCGCGUUCUCAGCUCAACAGCUGGCAGAGCUACUCACACGAAGCCAGGGACCGAAGCGGCAGCCGUCGACAGAGCAGGAGAGGGCGCUGCAGAAACUGUGGGCGCGGGUGCUCGACAUCGACGCCGACAGCAUUGGGCUGGACGACAGUUUCUUUCGCCUAGGCGGCGACUCGAUUGCGGCCAUGAGGCUGGUGGCCGAGGCGCGUCAGGAGGCCAUUCACUGCACUUUCGUCGAUAUCUUUCAUAACCCUUCGUUGCGUGCAUUAGCACACAGGAUCAUUCAUCCGGUUAAUCACAACCACACAUAG